GCGCUGCGAUUGGCUGGGCGGCGGGUGACCCCGGGGCGCGGCGCAGCGUCAGGCCCAGCAUGGCCGCCACUGCGGGGCUGCUGUGCCGCGGGCCGCUCUUGCUGUGCCGUGGCACCUGGCGAAACUUUGCCUCGCAGACGGAUGGGGAGGCCCGAGUGACCCGGGUUCUGCGGGAGAAGUUCCCCCGGGCUUCCGCCAUCAAAGUCGUGGAUAUAUCAGGAGGCUGCGGCGCCAUGUAUGAAAUCCACAUUGAGUCAGAGGACUUCAGGGAGAAGCGGAUGGUGCAGCAGCACCAGAUGGUUAACCAGGCUCUGCAGGAGGAGAUCAAGAGCAUGCAUGGCCUGCGCAUCUUCACCUCCACCCCCAAACCUUGACGCUCCAUCCUGACCUGUCAAUAAAGAUGCUGGGCUGAGAGGGGCCCAGGGGGGCUCUGUGUGCAGCUGUGCC